CUUCAUGAGGUUUCUCUCUUUGAUCACUUCACUGGGGCUCUUUGCUCUUGUUGCCAACGGAUCCCCAGCAUUGGCAAGUUUACACUUAAAAUCAUAUCUGAAAACAUAGCAUGUGGACCCAAUGAGCUGACCAUAAGAAAGAGCUCAAGAGAUGACAGACCUGGCUUCACCAACAAUGGACUGAGAGAUCCCGAUGGAUUCAGCCACAUAGGCGAUGAUGGAGUCUUGCGAUCCUUCAACGGCGAUGGAGAAGUGAUUAGUUAUGAGAGGUUAGAUAAAGAGCAGUUGACUAACCUGGCAUCAUGGUAUCCGGAGCCUGAGCAUCGGGAUCACUUGCAUGAUGUAUGGAAGGACGCUAAUAGCUCGACGGUUUCCAUGGAGCAAAUCUGGAACCCACCCAAAGAGUUACUUCCAGUUGUGCUAAAACAGCCACAACUGCAUCGAAGGGCGGGAGUCACCAAUAAGCGAGAAGCUCCGAAUGUAUUGAAACGCUCAGAUGGUGAAAAUAUUAACUGCCUCAUUAUCUCCUGUUAUUCUGAUGGUGAAUGCAUUACAUAUGGCUGCAGAAAUUGUCGACAUUAUGAUGAAUUUAUCAGCGGCUAUUGUCUACCAUGA